AUGUCUUUGACUUGGGUGGAGGAUAUUCAGCCACGGCUCCUGAUGCAGAAGACUGAGAAUGAUUCAGAUGAUGGUGGUAUUUAUGAGAGUGGAAUUGGAGCUUACCAAGAAUAUGACGCUCCAACGCAUGACGUGCCCCUCCAAGUUGAUGGCAGCCAGCGAGCUCGUGUUGAAGAAGUGCCAGAUGAACCUGGGCCUGUCAGCAAUGACACACGAUGGAUCGAAAGCUAUGCUGCUCACCACGGGGCAGGUGCUCCAUGCGGAGAAGUCGAUGAAGUCACGCCGACCAAAUUUGAUCAAAUUCGACAACAGCUGGAGGCCGAUGGUGCACCGUGGGGACCAUUUGACAAUGAGGAAGAGUGGGAGUUAGCGAAGUGGCUGAUCCAAAACGUCGGACAAAAUCAAACCGACAAGUUCCUAAAACUACCUAUUAUCCAAAACCGCGCACAAGUGUCUUACCCAAACAACCGCAAUUUCCUGAAGAAGAUCGAUGGUUUGCCAACGAAGGGCCCAGAGUGGCACUGUGACAUCAUCAGUGUGGUGGGGGACCAAGUCGACACCAACGGAGAUAUGAUGUCUGCUGAAUUGGAGCUGUGGCAGGCGCGACCCUGUCGAGGCAAGAUGCCCGAGGGUGCAACCAUUGCACCAGUGAUCCUUGCCUCCGAUAAAACAUCGUUGUCCCAAUUCCGAGGAGACAAAUCAGCGUGGCCAGUAUAUUUGACGCUUGGGAACAUCGAGAAGGCAACACGAAGGCGCCCAAAACAGCAUGCAGCCAUUCUGCUCGGGUAUCUCCCAGCGGCCAAACUGGACUGCUUCAGCAAGGGCACCCGUUCUGUUGCAGGGUAUCAGCUCUUCCAUGAAUGCAUGCGACGCUUGCUUGAACCGCUAAUUGCUGCAGGGCAUGAUGGAGUCGAGAUGGUGUGUGCGGACGGGUGCAUCCGACGAGUACACCCAAUCCUGGCAGCAUAUGUUGCAGACCACCCCGAACAGUGUUUGGUGGCCUGCACGAAGGAGAGUUUUUGUCCGAAAUGCCGGGUCCACAGAGAUGACCGAGGCGAACCACUGGCAUCGCUUUGUCGAGACCAAGAGCGCACUAUGACAAUAUUAAGACAUAAAGAAACGGGGAGACGAGUCGCUGCUUACAGUCGUGAGGGUCUACGCCCAGUCUAUCAGCCCUUUUGGGCAGAUCUCCCAUAUUCUGACAUCUUCGGGGCCAUCACACCAGACAUACUCCACCAAUUACACAAGGGCGUCUUUCAUGACCACCUAUUGAAGUGGUGUACUCAGAUCGCGGGCGAAGAAGAAAUAGACAAACGUUACCGUGCGAUGACGAACUACCCAGGUCUCCGUUACUUCACCCAGGGCAUCUCUCUCGUCUCACAAUGGACUGGGACCGAGCAUCGAGAGAUGCAGCGUGUGUUCAUGGGCGUGUUGGCAGGGGCGGUCCAACCUGCAGUCGCACAAGCAGCUCGAUCGUUGGAGGCCUUGCAGUCAGCACUAGAAGAGUUUCACAGACAUAAAGAAAUCUUCAUUCAGCUGGAAGUGCGGGAAGAUUUCAACAUACCUAAGAUGCACUCCAUGCAACACUACGUCGCAUCAAUAAAGUCGCGCGGAUCAGCGGAUGGGUUCAACACCGAAUUCCCGGAGAGGUUACACAUCGACUUCGCGAAAAAUGCGUAUCGGGCCACCAAUCGAAAGGACUACGUUGCGCAAAUGACCAAAUGGUUAGCUCGUCAAGAAGCUGUGGAACAAUUCGACGCUUACCUGGACUGGACACUGAAGAGAAUAGAUAACGAGGCUGAUGAUGAUGGUGGCGAUGCGGGGUUAGAAGGAUGUGAGGCAGCCGAAAAUCAACAACCGCCUAAACAAGGCACGACAGCUGACUCAAUACCCGUGGUAACUCACAUUCUAGCAUCUCGCCCAUCUUUCCGGGCAUUGACUGUUCCAUUCAUCACCCAAACGUUUGGCGGUCUCAGCUUCCUGCCAGCAGUCUCUCAGUAUCUGCGUGUCUCGUCACUCCGUGUUCCUGCGAUGUCUCAUUCAGCUGCACCUGAGCUGUCGCAAUGGGACCGCUUUGAUGCAUAUCGGCGUCUCUCGAUUCCAUACCCCAAAGUGCGAGCUUUGCACAUGUCGAAGACCUUGGACAGAAUCAGAGCGACACCUUCUACGCCUCCGUCGGGGCGUUCACAAGGCUCACCAGGUCGAUUUGACACGGUACUUGUCCGAACAGAAGGGGAGGUUAAUGUCCAUACACAAGGGACUGCGCUUGAAGGUCUACAAGUCGCGCAGGUCCGAUUCCUAUUCGACCUCCCACCCCACCUGCGCGUUGCCGGCCAACCGUUUCAUCUCGCACUCAUCGAGUGGUUCAAACCAUUUCGUGGGUGCGACAAUCUGUUGAAGAUGCACAGCGUGUCUCGAUCAUACGUAGGCCAAGCGCCUCGUGCAGAAGUGAUUCCAAUCACUCACAUUGUAGGGAGUUGCCAUUUGAUACCGAAGUUUGGUACACACGCAGAUCCAACGUGGCGAGCAGAUGAGGUCCUGGAUGUCUGCAAGACAUUCUAUGUCAAUCCAUGGAUUGAUAUCGCAACGUUUUUCAAGUUUCGUGUUAGUUAG